CUAGUCCAGUUCGGACUCCGCUGUGGUCUCCUGAGUUUGCGGCCCCCAGAUCGAGAAAGAGGGAGCGCGCGAGAGAGGAGAGCGCCGAGCGAGCGGAGCAGAGCGCCAUGCGCCGCGCCAGCCGAGACUACACCAAGUACCUGCGCGGCUCCGAGGAGAUGGGCAGUGGCGGCUCUGGCGCCCCGCACGAGGGCCCCCUGCACGUCCCGCCGCCGCCGCCCGCAUCACACCCGCCCCCCGCUGCCUCCCGCUCCAUGUUCGUCGCCCUACUCGGGCUGGGGUUGGGCCAGGUCGUCUGCAGCGUCGCCCUGUUCCUCUACUUCAGAGCGCAGAUGGAUCCUAAUAGAAUAUCAGAAGACGACACCGACUGCUUUAAGAGACUUUUCAAACUCCAUGAAAAUUCAGAUUUGCGAGACACAACUCCGGAGAGUCAAGACACAAAAUUACUACCUGAUUCGUGUAGGAGAAUUAAACAGGCCUUUCAAGGAGCUGUGCAAAAGGAAUUACAACAUAUUGUUGGAUCACAACACAUCAGAGCAGAGAAAGCUAUGGUGGAAGGUUCAUGGUCAGACCUGGCUAGGAGGGGCAAGCCUGACACUCAGCCUUUUGCUCAUCUCACUAUUAAUGCCACCGACAUCCCUUCAGGUUCUCACAAAGUGAGUCUUUCCUCUUGGCACCAUGACCGAGGUUGGGCAAAGAUCUCCAACAUGACUUUCAGAAACGGGAAACUAUUCGUUAACCAAGAUGGCUUUUACUACCUGUAUGCCAACAUUUGCUUUCGACAUCAUGAAACGUCAGGAGACCUAGCCACAGAGUAUCUUCAGCUGAUGGUGUACGUCACUAAAACCAGCAUCAAAAUCCCGAGCUCUCAUACCCUGAUGAAAGGAGGAAGCACCAAAUACUGGUCCGGAAAUUCGGAAUUCCAUUUUUAUUCCAUAAAUGUUGGAGGAUUUUUUAAACUACGAUCUGGUGAAGCAAUAAGCAUCCAGGUAUCCAACCCUUCACUACUAGAUCCAGACCAAGAUGCAACUUACUUUGGGGCUUUUAAAGUUCGAGAUAUAGAUUGAACCCACUUUAGUGGCGCGUUAUCAUGUAUUUCCUAGGAUGUGUGUAAACUUUUUUUUUUUUUUUAAAGCAAGCCAAGAAAGAUGUAUAUAGGUGUGUGAGACUACUAAGAGGCAUGGCCACAGUGGUACAGUAAGACCCUCUGUCCACGCUCUUGACCUUGUAGAGAGCAUGUGUAUUUACAACCAAUGAGAGAUGUUGAACUCUAGGUGUAUUACAAUCUAAAGGCUUUCUUAUUACACAGUGGUUUUUAAAUUUUGUAAUGAAUUCCUAGAAUUAAACCGGAUUGCAUCCGUGAUGAUUGGCCUUAUGAAAAGAUGCAUUUGGGCUACCGGGACGGGGGUCGUUAAUUGUCUGCAUCUAGCUCCUGGUUGGGAGUCCCUGAAUAGGGCAAACAGUUAAGCACUCAGCUACUAGCUGAAAGUUUGGUGGUUCAAAUCUACCCAGAGGAGCCUUGGAAGACAGGCCUGGUGAUCUGGUUCUGAAAGGUCAUAGCCCUGGAAACCCUAUGGAGCAGUUCUACUCUGUAUACACAGGGUUGCCAUGAGUUGGAAUCAACUUGACAGCGACUAACAACAGCUCCUGGUUAUGUGCCUCUAUGCAGUUGAAGAAAAGGUGUCAUCUUCAAAGCAAAGGGACGAUCAUCUGAAGAGUUAAGUUCUUCUGAAUUGUUACAUCAUGCUGGAACCUGCAAAUACUUUUUCGAAGGAGGAGGGAAAAUAGAUGUAUUUUUAUAUAAUGUCUAAAGUUAUAUUUCAGAUGUAAUGUUUUCUGUGCAAAGUAUUGUAAAUUAUAUUUGUGCUAUAGUAUUUGGUUCAAAAUAUUUAAAAUGUCUUGCUGUUGACAUAUUUAAUGUUUUAAAUGUACAGACAUAUUUAACUGGUGCACUUUGUAAAUCCCCUGGGGAAGACUUGCAGCUAAGGGGGAAAAAAAUGUUGUUUGCAGAUACCAAAUGUAUUAUAUUUCUUCAUUCUUUUUAACUUAAUAGAGUCUUCGGACUUGUCAAGUCUGUGCAAAAAAAAAAAAAAAAAAGAUAAAUAAAA